UCUAUAACGCAUAAAAAGGACCUUCAUAACACUAUCUAAAUACCUAUCUUUAGAUAAUUUCUUGACUCUUUAGUGGUUGCCUUGUGAUUUUCAAACAAUUGUUUGCGAAAAACUAUAACACCGAAACAACUCGGGCUCACUCACUUAUCGCUCUCUUGAUUUUGACUUGACCGUCGUCGCCGUCGUCAUCGUCUGCACGUCAUUUAGCUUCAUUAUGUAUAAUUGUUUAGCAAAAAAAAAGAAACCAAUUCCGUGAUGUAUUGCUUAAUUGAAACAGAAACUUACGUGGAGUUUUAUUAAAAUGACUUCAAAAAUCUAAACUCUAUUAAAAAAGUUGUCUUAUUUCAACUUAGUAGAUGUUUCCUCGCAACAAAAUAUUAAACAACACAAAAACAUCAAAAUCUAAAAACUGAAUCAUUCAUCAGAGCUUAAUCCACUUUAGAAAUUAAAAGAAUCAAGAUUAAUAACCAGUACAUACAAAUUGAUAUUAAAGCUGCCUACUUAUCUACUGGUUAAACAAGAAAUAUUAAUAAAUUCAACAUGAAGGGUCGAACUUCUGGUUACAGUUCUGACACUGAGCAAAACAAACAAAAAGAUGAUUUAAGUGUACUCCGAAAGCCAAUUCAUACCGCACUUUCUGGAUUUCUUGAAGCAAAAAAAGCAUACGAAAAUGGAACGGACGAGGUGCGAAGACUCUUGGCACGUGAAUGCGAUAUUAUAUACGAAUGCAAUACUUGCCGCAAUAUGUUCAGGAGUUUGACAAAUUUUAUAAGUCACAAGCGAGUUUAUUGCCGAAAUUCAAGCAAUCAUUUCAACGGCAGCUUUAAUUCAAAUAAUCAAAAUGGCUUCAUCGAUCAGGAUGUUUCGACCAUUAUCCAAGCUGAACAGGAAUUUGUCAGUAAAAAAACCAACAACGCCUCGACAAGUUCCAAAGAUAGCACCAAUGCAAAUAGGGAUCUAAGUAGUAUAAUUGAGCGUUUGUUGAAACGCGAGCAAAACAACCGACUCAUGAAAUUGACGGACUUCUAUGACCAGGUUAACAACAAACUAACUCAAGAUGAAAUCCUUCAACAAAAACACGUACUGCAAUUGGAUAGAGUGCCCAAUAGUGAUGUUGCUGUAUAUCAGACAUUGAAAAAGGACGACAAAGAUAAUAUAAAAAUUGAAGUUAACGAGGUUCAUGAUAUGCACGAUAAGAACACUAAAACUAUUGUCGGUUCAGAUGGAAAAGCUCUUCCAACUAGCACUUCCUCUCUAGUAAAAGAAAUCAAAAAGGAGCCUGUUGAUGAUGUUGAUCAAAAUAUUACAGAACCCAGAGAACAACAAACCCAAAACUCCAAUGAAAUAAGUUGUGAGAUUUGCAAGCUACAAUUCGCUACCGAAAAAACCCUUAAACUACAUAUACAAACCAAACAUAUCUCCUCGACAUUUGUCUUUCAGUGUCCAUCUUGCUCACUAACAUUUUUGCAGCCGGGAGCAGUGAUUCGCCAUCUCAGCAACGAUCACAAAAAAUCUACACGAAAGAUUCGCUUAAUGCGUGAAGCAAUUUACAAACGUCGCAUUCGCAUGGAUGAAGUACAGACAAAAGGUCCAAGUCGUGAAUUAGCCCGUUUGCAAACCGACAAAGAACGUCGCGACGCUGAAAACAAGGCAUGGUUGGACAAUAUUGAGCGUGCAGACAACUCUCCGAUGUGUACUUACUGUGGAAAGACUUUCGAACGGAAGGCAGUGCUUAAUACUCACUUAAAUAAUUGCCAAAUGAAAAACAAGCUAUCAAAUCUAGUCUCUGAGAAAAAUUUAUCAUCAUCAUCAUCAACAGCAGCAAAUAGAGAAUCGCCUGUAAAUUUAAAAACCAAAAUAUCAAAUCUAGUCGCUGAGAAGACUUCAGCAACAAAUAGAAUUUCGCCAGUGCCCACCAACACCACCAUAACCACUGCGACCAACAAAAUUACUAUAAAACAACUUACAGAUGAGUCAAAAAUAAAUUCCAAUUCUAAUUCGGUGGAUUCAUUUGAUUUGGAACAAAAGUACGACAUCAAUGGAGAUAGCAAGGACUCUUUAGAUUUGCUAGACAUCAAAGAAGAGUUCACUGGUCAGAGUCGUCGAAAACGUCGCAAGCCCCCUAAACUCCUGGCACGCAACGAUGAUGUUGACUCUGACACGCUCAAUGAGAUGUUUGCUAAUUUAGGUAAGAAUACUGAUGAACUUUCUCUGAAGACAGUGUGCUUGGACAAUCUCACUAGAGCCGCGGAACAUGAAGAAUGUAAUGAAGGUCUACAUAUCAAAAAAGUAGAACAAAAAGUUAGCGAGGUCGCGCCGGCUAAAGUAGAACCAAGGCAACGUGUCAAUCCAAAUACGAAACAACUUCCAUGUUUCUGUAAAAUAUGUCAUAAACGUUUUGAUGCACUUAGCAACUUAAGGCGUCACAUUUCCAUGUUUCAUUAUCGCAGUCGUAAAUUCGGUUGCAAACUCUGCGACUAUCGGGCUUUUAGGAAGUACGAUGUUAUAAACCACCUGGGAUCGACACAUUCCAUUGCCGGUGAUAAAGAAACGACCUUGGAGUUCGUCCGCGUCUACGAAGAAAAGUAUUUCAAAGACGGCGUUGAGCAGGACAUUGUCUUAAUAACGGACAGCCAGGACGUUCCAAAAGAUAACAAAGUCGAAGAAAAACGGCAACGUCGUCCGAGGGGUUCCUCUAAGAUGAAUGCAGCAUCAACAUCUCGACAAGUUGUCGCACCCGAAUUACCAAGCGAACCCAAAAUUACCAGAUCUUCAUCACAGCUAUCUCUUUCUUCAACGGACGAUUUAAUUCCAAAUAAGCGGCCGAUCCGAAAUCGAGUUAAACCUGUGAACAAGGACUUUGUGUAUGAUCUGUCGAAUCUUCUCAAAAAGGAUAUGAUAUUUGCUGAACGUGAAUCUAUGAAAUCACUUAAAAGACGCAAUACAACUUCAGUAGCACAUGACGAAAUCAAUCAGGAAGUGCCCUCGCCUUCACCCACACCGUCUCCACCUGUGAUAAACGAUCUCCACAAAACUGAAAAAUCAACAUUUGGGUUUGUUUUGUCAAAAGAUCUUGUGCAAGGUGCAGCGCAAAAAAUGGCUCAAAACUUAGUAUCACAGGGCCGAGCCGCUUUAGCUACACUCCCAGAAAUUCCCACUCAACGUCCGUUGAUGCGUUCGCGAUUGAUGUCCGUAUUCCGAAGCUGUGGAAGCGUUCCCAUUAUUGAAACCUCCGAUUUAGAGGAAGCUCAGUAUAGAGCGUCGCUCUCUGAAGACAGCUUCAUUGAUAAUUUCUCUAAGCGGCGCAAAAUCGAUUUAAACUUAAAACCUCGACUUUCACUUCCAGAUAGUCCACUUAACUCAUUGCUGAUGAAGGUCGACAUGAGCUUUAAUGGAAAGAAAUCCCAAAUAAGAAACAUUCCCCAAAACGACAGUGGAUAUUUUGGUGAUGAAGAUAAAAAAAUCAAUUCAGUUUGUCCGACUGAAAAAGAAUUUCAGGAGUUCGCUACUAAACAACUCAUCGAGCCCGUGAAAAAAGCUCACGUGCUGCCUUUCGUCGAUCCUCUCCCUUCAAUUCCUAAUUUUUCAUCGCCCCCACCAACACCCACCAAACGUAUCACACUGUUUCAACGUCUGAACGAGAACAAAGCAAAAAGACUUCAGGAGAGCCUCUUGCGAUCAGCUUUAGAAAAUUAAAUUUAAAUAGAAAAGAAAUAUGUAAUAUUAUUUUAAUUAAUUAAGUUUUUGUUUUGUUACCUUUAGAAUACCUCUAUUUUUCAACUGUUAGGUAAUUUAACUAAAUCUAACCUCUUUUGUUAAACAAGAAAAAAAUAGUUUCAUUGGAGAAAAUUUUGUUGUUUUUGUAAAAAUGAACUGAUAAAAAAUUAAACAAUUUUUAUUUUCCAAUAUUAAAAAAAA